AUGUCAACCAAACCAGAGCACGAGUUCUCCGGGGCCGCCGGCGAGAAUAUCCAAGUCUACCUCUUACAAUGCAAGCAUGCCUGGACAGGAGUGGGCAUGUCAGAGGAAGAAAAAUCCGAGGCACGAGCCGUAACCGUCUUCAAGGGCCUCCGCGGCGAUGCCCGUCUCUUUGUGAAUUCACUCAGCACGAGCGACCUGGUGGACUUCACCCAAUUGUCGAAGCGGCUGACGGAGCGAUUCCCCGUGCGAGCCACGACCGAAGAAGACGACGCCAUUCUCAAAAAGGUUUCUGCGCUCAGUCAGAAGGGGAAGAGUCUGUCGGAGUACAUUGCCGAGGGUCAAGAGUUGAAGGUUAUGGCGCAUGGGCCGAUGCAAGAAACGCUUGCUAGGAAAUGGUGCCAGGGCCUGAAUGAUCACCAAGUGGCUGCAGCCAUUUCAAUCAAGAUGGCAUCGUGGAAGAAUGAGGGCCAUCUUCAUGUCGAUUCUGUCAUUAGGGAGGCCCGGGAAGCGCUUGGCUAG